AGGCUUCUGUACAUGACCGUUGAGCAAAUUUUCGAACUCAACGGCUUUACGCUCCUUUGCGCUCUCUCUCCCUUUGAAUUUCACAAUUUUUUUCUCUUGAAUCUCCAAUGGCUAAGCCCAAAAAGUCGAAUAAUUCAUCGGAUAGAGAGAAAUGGAACAAAGUAUUCAACGGCUUAGUCCACAUGUUGUCAUCACAACAAACGCAGCUUGAAUCACUCGCAAAAGAAAGAAUUAUACUCGAAGAUCGAAUUAAGUUACAGAAUGAACGAUGGGUAUCUGAUAUUAAUGACUUUCAAGAACAGAUUUAUGAGAUGAAGAAGGAAUUUACUGUUCAAGAGAUGGAGCGUAUACUUGAGGUUGCGAAAUCGGAGUUUAUUGUUGGUUUGAAGCAACGAGAUGUUGCCAUGUUCAAAAGGAAGUUUGAAGAUGCAGAUAGUGAACUGGCUGACUUCAGAGGAUGGUUUGAUCUCCUCUCUCAAAAAUGCUCUGAGCUAAAUGAUGUAUCAAGGACUGAAACAAAUGAAAAACCAGAGACGAGAAAAAAGGCUUGGGAAGAUGAGAUGAGAAGGCUUAAAACAGAAAAUGAGAAGCUUACUUCAGAGAAAAAUUCUGAGAUUUCUGCCCUCUUGGCAGAAAAGAAUUUUAUUUGGAACCAAUUUAACAAACUGGAGAACGACAUGACUGAGCAAUUGAGGAGAAAAUGUGCUGAUCUUGAGCAUGCAAAUGGGAAAAUACAAGCAUUUACGAGGAAGAUUGAGGAACUGCAAUCGUCCAAUGCUAAUAAGGAUAAUACAAUUGCAACGUUAAGAACUCAAAUGGAUGAUACAAUUGCAACAUUAAGAAGUCAAAUGGCCAAAUUGGAGUCUGACUCCGUCAAAAAGAGUGAAGAGAUAUCCAAACUUUCCGCUGAACUAGUGUUGCUAAAGAAGUCUGGAAGUGCCUCUGUCACUCCUGUGCUGCGCCGCUCCACAAAUGGAUCAGGGCCUUCGAAGUUGAGAGGCACGUCUCGUGGGCCUUCAAAGUUGAGAGGCACGUCUCGUGGAAUGGAUCAGAGGAAUAUAACUGUCAAAGAAGAAAAGCAAUCUUCACAAGCCCUUGAAAAGGGACAGAGAAGUUCAAAACGGAAAGCAGGUAAUAGUAACUUGGGUGCUCCAAAUCUAUUCACGUCCUCAUUUAAGGUACCUAAAUUAAAAAUUGCAUCUCCCUGUGUAACAUGACCUCGUCACCAGAACUUUGGCGUGUAUCUAUAUUAGAUGAUAGGUUUUCGGUACAUAUGUUUGUUUAUUGGAUCUUGGAUCAAGAUUCUUGAUCAUCUGUACUGACCCUUGGGUCUUGGUUCUUCAAGCUAUGUAACAGUAGAUUGUAGUCAGUACUAGAUGUUGAUGUUGUAUACUAUUAUAGAUAGUCCAUGUAAGUUGUAACUAAUUUAGUUGCAAGAUUUCAUUGAACUUGGAGUAGUAAAUGAGGAUCAAUUGUUUGAUUUGUGCA